AUGGCAGAACCAUUUAGCCCUAAUCCAACAACCAUUUCUAAACGGAGGAUUCCCGUUUCCGCUUCCAAUUUCUUCGUCGGCUCCAACGACGAUCAACGUGAACGCGCCGCUGCCCGUGCUGCUCGUGCUGCCGCCAUCCGCCGCACUUCUCGUCCCGUUAACUUCCAAUCUCUUCCCUCCGAUUCUGAUCCGUGUCUCGACAAAAACCAGAUUCUCGAGUUGUUUCACCGUUGCAUUAAGCUUGCUUCAGAAAAUAAAAUUAAUCAGAAAAAUACUUGGGAUUUGGAUUUGAUUGAUCAUCUUACUGAUAUUAUUAGGGAUGAAGAUGAUAAUGAUGCAGAGACUAAUUUUCAAAUGGCAAGCUGCACUCUUGAAGCUGGAGUCAAAAUUUAUUCGUUAAGAGUGGAUUCAGUAUAUUCUGAGACGUAUAAAGUCCUUGCUAGAAUGAAUAGGGUGGGCCAAGAAACUGAACAAGAGAGUGUCAAUGUAGAAGGGGUACAAGAAGAUAGCAAGAAGGGAAUCGUCAAAAAGUUGUCACCUUUGUCAACAUUGGAAUCAUCUUUUGAGGCUCUUAAUGUAAAGAAGUUUGAUGUUGCAUUUUCUGUGGAUCCCCUCUAUCGCCAAACAUCAGCAAAAUUUGAUGAAGGGGGAGCCAAAGGUCUUUUGAUGAAUAACCUAGGUGUAUAUGGUGGAUGUAGGAUGCUUUUUGAUUCACUAGAUGAGCCAGGGAAGUAUGUAGCUAGUCAAAAUGAACAUGAUAGUUCCAAUAUAAUUGAUCUUUCUUUUGCAAGAGAUUGUAUAGCACAAAUGAUGUUGGACAUACAUAUUAAGGAUGGAAUUUCUCCAACUCUCAGGCUGAUAGUAAAUCAAUUUGACGAAAAUAAUAGAAGGCCCUCUGAUUUUCAAUGUUUUGGCCCUAAAUCAGCCGAAGAGGUUGAUGCAGCUGCUGAUUGUGAGCUUGAGGCUGAAACAGAAGACUAUGAGACUUUCCCAACUUGGCCCCAUGAGCACGACAGCCAAACCUUUGUUGCUGAAGUGGGCUCUAAUGACGCAGACCCAAUGUUUUCAAGUUAUCCUCAGGAGAAAGAACCUUUUACUUCCCAAGACCCUGAUAUGGAUGAGCUAUUUGGAAAUGUUGAUGAGUAUCUAUCUUUUAAUCUAGGUUUUAGGUCAAAGAAAAAUGCCUGGGCAGGUCCUGAUCAUUGGAAAUACCAUAAAGCUAAAGGUUCAGAGUCAGAAGUUCAUUGUUCUCCUGAAGAUGGGUCAACCCUCAAAACUAGGCCACCAAAGACUAUGAGACAGAUCGAAGUUGAUUUAGAUUUCACAAAUUCUCUUGGGAAAACACCUCCAGAUAUCUUUGCACCUCCCAAAAAUCCUAAAUCAUUAUUACUCCCUGAAAAUAGAUCCCAUUGUGUUACAAAACUCCCAGAGGACUGCCACUAUGAGCCAGAGGAUCUUGUCAAGUUAUUUCUUUUGCCUAGUGUGAUGUGUCUAGGGAGGAGGAGGGUGAGAAAGUUCUCAGAUGAAUCGACAGAGCAGUGCAAUAACAAUGAACCAUUCCAUUCAUGGGAUAAUGGAAGUGUUUUUGAUGGUGAGUAUGAUGGCGCACAUAGUGACACGGAUGACUUAAACAAACUUAUUUCUCAGCCUCGUCAGAUCAACAAAGUUGAAGUUCAAUAUGACAAAACUGCCAAACAAGUCGACGUUCUAGCACUGAAACUUACCCUUUGGAGCUCUAUUCUAGGAUCAGUUCAACAUACUUUUCAGGGAGAAAAAGAAUCGGUAUCUUUCAGGGAUAUAUUGGCCAACUUUCCUAGUGAAUGCACUGCUGCUGCAAAUCUUGGUGACAUAAGCCCACAUUUGUGUUUCAUAUGCUUAUUGCAUUUGGCUAAUGAGAAAGAGCUGAGCAUCCAAAGCUGUCCCAACUUGGAUGAGCUUCGUAUAUAUAUGCCUACCUAA